GAGCCGGUUGAGUCAGGAAGAAAAAAAACAUGUAUUAAGGACAACAGUGCCUAUUUCAACGAGGUAUCAUAAUAAUGAGCAGGUAUAACCUGUCAUCGACGUCAUUUGAUUUUAGGGCACCGUUGUGAAGGUGGUAUGUUUGGCCGACCAACACAUUUCCGUUGGAGAAGGUCUGCCCCUUUGGCAGGUUGUUGCCUUGUUCAGCCCAUCUGCCACUGGGAGAGGCUCACAGUGAAGCAGCAUGUCCAGUGGGAAUGAGUCCUGUCUGUUUGAGAACGGAUCCAUCAGCUUCCUCUCCUGCUUGCUUCAUGUGUGGGAGGAGUGGGCAGGGCUCGGGCAGCUCGAGGACUACCUCAGUUUCUUGCAGUAUCUGCUCUGGGUUUUCACACCUCUAGCCAUAGUCUUCAUUCUGCCUUUUCUCAUAGUUAUCUUCCUCUAUCUGUCCAUACUCUUUCUGCAUGUGUACAAACGUAAGAACCAGCUGAGGGAAGCUUAUUCCUAUAACCUGUGGGAUGGUGCGAGAAAAACUCUGGCAACCCUGUGGGAUGGACAUGGAGCUAUUUGGCACGGUUAUGAAAUCCAUGGUUUAGAAAAGAUUCCAGAUGAAGGACCUGCUCUCAUAGUCUACUAUCAUGGAGCUAUUCCUAUAGACUACUAUUAUUUCCUGGCAAGUGUUAUCAUUCAAAAGGGAAGAACUUGUCAUUCGGUGGCUGAUCAUUUUCUGUUCAAGGUCCCAGGGUUUAAGCUCCUCUUGGAGGUGUUUAGUGUGAUCCAUGGGCCACAGGAGGAGUGUGUGAAGGCCCUGCGCAAUGGCCACCUCCUGGGCAUCUCUCCUGGAGGAGUACGAGAGGCCCUGUUCAGCGAUGAGACGUACCCUCUGCUCUGGGGCAAACGCAAAGGAUUUGCACAAGUGGCCAUUGACUCUAAAGUGCCAGUUAUACCCAUGUUUACUCAAAACUUGAGGGAGGGAUUUCGCUCUCUUGGGACAUUAAGGUUUUAUCGCUGGGUGUACGAGAAGUUUCGCCUACCGAUAGCACCCAUUUAUGGAGGAUUUCCAGUCAAAUUUCGCACCUUCUUGGGUGACCCAAUUCCAUAUGACCCCAAACUCAAUGCAGCUGAGCUGGCUGAAAAGGUGCAACAGGCAGUUCAAGCACUUAUCGACAAACACCAGAAGAUACCUGGAAACAUCCUCCGAGCUCUUCUAGAGCGAUUCCAAAGGGAACGCAAAGAAGAUUAGCACUCUUGCCUUCUCUCAGACUGAACAAAUAAAUAUGCUUCAAGCAUAAUUUAAAGGAA